GCCGUAGUGACGCAGCACGCUCUUCCAACAUGGCGGCGUCCAUCUGUCACCCUGCUCUGUCCUCCAUAUGCAGAAUAAAGUGUAAUAUUAACGGAAUAUAUCAUGUCAUUUCGUUCAGCAGAAGGAUCUCAUCGUCCUUUGUCCCCACAACAAGCGCUGUAUCGGCAGAUCGAGAAACUGCAGGCAGAGGUGCUCGUGGCCAAAGGAGGUCAAAGAGACCGGCUGGUGAACCCAGGACAGAGCGUAUGAGCGUCAGUCAGGACUGGACUGCAGUUUACCCCAUAGCAGCAUCAUUCAAACCCUCAGCAGUUCCUCUGCCUGUUCGUAUGGGUUACCCGGUGAAGAGAGGCGUGCCGCCCGAAAAAAAGGGCAACCUGGAACUCAUAAAGAUUCCAAACUUUUUACACUUAACCCCAGUCGCCAUUAAACAACACUGCCAAGCCCUGAAGCAGUUCUGUACGGAGUGGCCUUCUGCCCUGGACUCUGACGAUAAAUGCAUGAAGCAUGUCCCAAUACAGAUACAGAGUAAAGAAUUUGUGUCAGCUGGACCGUCGCUGCGAAACCCAGAUGCCAGAAUAGUUACACUCAAGGUGAAGCUCUCCAGUUUAAAUUUGGAUGUUCACGCCAGGAAGAAGAUGAUCAUACUGUGCGGCGAGCGUUACACCAAAGACACAGACACCCUCACCAUCACCACAGACAGCUGCCCGCUGAGACAGCAGAAUUACGAUUAUGCCAUGUACCUGCUCACGGUUCUUUAUCACGAGUCCUGGAAAACGGAAGCGUGGGAAGAAGAGAAAACACGUGCGGACAUGAAGGAGUACGAGUGGGAGGACAGUCCGUCCCAGAAGAACGUUCUGGAGACUCUGGCGCGCAUGCGGCCGCUCGGAGCGAGAGUUGAGGUGGAGGGAGGGGUCAGAGAGGAGGUGCUGGGUCAGCCGGAGGUUCAGGAGUACAGAGACACGUUGGUCAAGAUGAAGAAUGAGGGAGAGACCGAAGACAACGUCCAGAAAUACAAAGAAGCUGUCAAGAAGCUUCUGAACAUCUGAGGAGCUUCAUCAUAUUGAAGAUAAAUGGACAAUAGUCUUAUUUUGUGUUUCUUAGAUGGUGAACUUAUAAUGUUGGUUCAGUCAUCAAAUGGUGUAAAAUUGUGUGCUUUUUGGUGUCUGUUCAAGUAAACAAACACAGCUUUAUGCUUUCUUGCCAUCUUGUGCUCGUUUCAAACGACUCGAAACGAUAUUCUAGUUUAAAUAAGUCACUUUCAUAAAUUGAAAUCAUUAAAUUGAUCAUUUACUCACGCCCUAAUUAUUUCUUCCUGAAGCAUGGGGCAGAAUGGCUGAUUUCUGUACAAAAAAGAUAGAUUCAUACAAAACAUUAUAAAAGAAGGUUAUUCUUAGAUCUCGAAGACAUUACUCUGAUAGCACACAUACAUCUGGCUUACGUCUAUUUGACGUGUGAAAUACAUAGUUUGCUAGUCUGCAAUAUGUCUCGGAGACGUCUGCUGUCAGACAUCUAUAAGAUGUUUAUGAUUUAGAAUGGAUGUAAAACUGCUCUUUCUAAGAUGUUUAGCAGAUCAUUAGCAGACGUACCUGUGCUAUCUGGGUCUCUGAUAGCACACAAACAUCUGGCAGAUGUCUAUUUGACAUCUGCAAGACAUAGUUUCUUAUCUGUAAUACAUCUCUGAGACGUCUGCUGUCAGAUGUCAUAUAGACCUCUAGAAGACGUCUGUAAGAUGUUUAGGAUGUAGAAUGAUGUACAACAGCUCUUUCUAAGAUGUUUAGCAGAUGUUUUCCAGAUCUUUAAAUAGACCUUGUGUUAAAUUAGAGAGUUAUUGUUCAUGAAAACAGAAUUUCAGACGUUAAAGUUUCCUUUUGUCUCAUGCAAGAAAAGAGUGUCAAUAAUAAGCACAUAUUAUUUUGUGGGAUAAAUGAUUCUCUGAAAUAUCAAGCUCUUGUGUUGUUUGUAUAAUGUGGGUGGGUUGAGUUAGCCUCCGAACAUUAAACAUCAUUCAGCUGAAAGGAGGCUUUGAGUGGAGAUCGGGGAAAAAUACUUCAGCGCUCUAUUAGUUUCUACUCUGAGAAAGAAGAAACCAGACUCCACAGCGAGAGCUUCCGGACGUUUCCAUUUGGAUGUGGAAAGUGAUGGCAGCGGUCGCACGCAUCCUAAAAGCACUUAGAGACCAAACCGCUUUUUCAGAACAAAACUGAGCUUGUGAACCGUCUCGUUCAGAAUGACCGUCAGCUGAUCCACAUCGCUCUGCUCUUCAUUCAAAGGUUUGGCUUAACUCUCAAAAAUCCCUGAGAUUCAUCUCAACAAUAAA